GGAGACCCCGGGGGCCCGAGUUUGCAAGCGCGUGAGUGGAGCCCGGGAGGGGGCGAGAGAGCGCGGCCACCAUUUUGUAGAGCUCAGAGCGAGAGAGCGACGUGUCGGCGCCCGGAGCCAGAUGCCUACUGAAAAAAUGGCCACAGAGCAUAUGAAUGGAAAUGGUACUGAAGAACCAAUGGAUACUUCCACCGCAGUUGUCCGAUCUGAACACUACCAGACUUUAUUAGAUGCUGGUUUACCACAGAAAGUUGCAGAGAAGCUAGAUGAAGUUUAUAUAGCAGGUUUGGUUGCUCACAGUGAUUUAGAUGAGAGAGCAAUUGAUGCCUUGCGAGAGUUCAAUGAAGAUGGUGCACUAUCAGUACUACAGCAGUUUAAGGAAAGUGAUCUCUCUCAUGUUCAGAAUAAAAGUGCCUUUCUAUGUGGAGUAAUGAAGACAUACAGACAAAGAGAAAAGCAAGGGUCUAAAGUGUCAGAUUCUAAUAAAGGCCCAGAUGAGACAAAAAUUAAGGCUCUUCUGGAAAGAACAGGUUAUACGCUUGAUGUUACAACUGGACAGAGGAAAUAUGGUGGUCCCCCACCAGAAGCUAUACAUUCAGGUCCUCAGCCAACUGUUGGUACUGAGAUUUUUGUAGGUAAAAUACCAAGGGAUUUGUUUGAGGAUGAACUUAUUCCACUGUUCGAAAAAGCUGGACCAAUUUGGGAUUUGCGUUUGAUGAUGGAUCCUCUGACUGGUCUGAAUAGAGGAUAUGCAUUUGUCACCUUUUGCUGCAAAGAGGCUGCACAGGAAGCAGUCAAAUUGUGUGACAACCACGAGAUUCGGCCUGGUAAACACAUUGGUGUUUGUAUUUCCGUGGCAAACAACAGACUUUUUGUUGGAUCCAUUCCAAAAAGCAAGACAAAGGAACAGAUUCUUGAAGAAUUUGCUAAAGUCACAGAGGGACUCACAGAUGUGAUACUGUAUCAUCAACCCGAUGACAAGAAGAAGAAUAGGGGAUUCUGUUUCCUGGAAUUUGAGGAUCAUAAAUCUGCUGCCCAGGCCAGGCGCAGGCUUAUGAGUGGGAAAGUGAAGGUCUGGGGCAAUGUUGUAACCGUGGAAUGGGCAGACCCCAUAGAGGAUCCAGAUCCAGAGGUCAUGUCAAAGGUAAAGGUGCUGUUUGUUCGUAACCUGGGGAAUUCUGUCACGGAAGAAAUACUAGAAAAGACCUUUAGUCAGUUUGGCAAACUAGAGCGAGUGAAAAAGCUGAAGGACUAUGCUUUCAUUCACUUUGAUGAAAGAGAUGGUGCAGUAAAGGCCAUGAGUGAAAUGAAUGGGAAACCUCUCGAAGGAGAAUGUAUUGAAAUUGUUCUCGCUAAGCCACCGGACAAGAAGAAGAAGGAGCGCCAGGCUCAGAGACAAGCUGCGAGAUCUCAGCUGUACGAGGAGUAUUAUUACUACCCUCCUCCCCGCAUGCCAGCCCCAGUACGAGGCAGAAGUCGUGGAGCCAGAGGAGGUUACAGUUAUCCUCCAGAUUAUUAUGGAUAUGAAGAUUAUUAUGAUUAUUAUGGCUAUGAUUACCAUGAUUACCGUGGAGGUUAUGAAGAUCCAUACUAUGGCUAUGAUGACUAUCAGGCACCUGUUAGAGGAAGAAGUGGCAGAGGUUCAAGAGGUGCCCCUCUUGCCAGAGGUCGCGGAGCUCCUCCAUCCCGUGGCAGAUCUGGAUUCGUACAGCGUGGUCAAAUGGCAGGGAGAGGAUCUCGUGGUGCAAGAGGGGGACCCCAGGUGCAGCAAAGAGGCCGCGGGCAGGAAAACGAGGUCGAGGCCGGUCCUGACCUGUUUUGAUGACGACUGACUUGCUAUGUGGAGGUUACACUGGAAACUGCUAAUGGAGAUGAUGGUAAGAUUCCAGACCAUGACGCCAAAUGGAGACCAGGAACAGCCAAGGGAAUGAGGAUUGCUUCAGAUUUCAACAUACAGACUUCAGUUUUUAAAUUUUGUAUAGCCAAUGUACCAGUUUUUAAAUGUACUGAGGUAGUGGUGGGUGAUCUUUUAAUUUUGUUAGGAUUUCAUAAUGGCCAGGAGACUUGUACAAUGCAGACUUACUUUUAUUAAUGUGGCAUUGUAAGCCACUAUAUUAAUUUUAAACAUGGCCAAACUGAUUGUACUACAAAAUCUCUUCAUCACCAAUCACUACCUCACACAGCAGUUCUGCACCUGCAGAAAAGAAGUGCUUGCAGGUUUGAGUGUAAUCGCCAAAAUUUCAGGUAGUCGAGCAUUCCAGAAAAAAAUGGUUCUUUUCGGAACCUGACUUUCAAAAAGGGUUGGUUAACUACCUCAGUCGCCGAGGAUUAAACUACCCUGUGUGUACUGUAAAUAAAAUAUUGUAGACAAAAGCAAGACUUACACAGAGAGAACAUGUUGUAUUUUAUUGUUCAUCUGGAUUUUUUUCCCAUUCAUUAUUACUUACAUCAGCUCUGGCUAAACUAGGGUAUGUAAAUUUAUAUUCUAACCCUAAUUUUUAUUUUUCCAGAAGUGACCAGGAACAAGUCUUGCCUUUGUCUCCAAAACUGAAAUUGCCGUCAUGCUUUUUCAGAUAAUAUAGUUAGCCUUAGGUUGUAUGAUAGUUGAAGGAGAUGUUACUUUUGUAAGUACUGAGAUGUUGGAAAUUGCAAUUUGACAGCAAAUCAUCUAUUCUGAAAUAAAAUACAGUAUCCCUUUUGAUGGUUUCAUAUAGUUUAUAGUCUAUACAGAUUGCACAUAUCUUUGUGUUCUAAUGAAGUUAAUAUAAAUUGCGUUCUCUGAUCCAGUUCAUUUGAACUGGAUGUAAACUGUAACAAGCACACUUGGGUUUACUUUGUUCUUAAAAAGUUUCCCUGCUGACUUGGUGCCAGUUCCUUUUGUAAAUGAGUGAUCAGAAAUGUUCAACAUGCUUUUACCUAGAGAUUAUCUGGUUCCCAAAAUGGUACUGUAGCCCCACAAAACUACCAAAUGCAAGCAAAUAAAACCGUCUUGAAUUUUAGUAACAUGUUACAAAACUACAAUUGUUUGGGGUUGAAAACUGCUGUGUAAGUUCAACAUUUUUUAAUGAUAGAAAGUUUUGGGCUAACAUCAGGAGAUUUGCUUUUAGCUAUUAUAUAGUGAAGCGUUUAAACUUAUGUGAGAUUGAAAUUGCUGCAGUAUGCUUCAGUAUUCUUUAACUCCAAACUUUUAACAGUGAAAUCCCCCCCCCUGGCGUUUGUAUUUACAAUAAUCUAACCCAAAAAUAAUGGACAGUGGAAUGGGAUUUAAUUAGAUGGCUAAGUAAACACCAGAUGGAUUGGAUUGAGUGCACCAUGACUGAAGUCAGAGGAUUAGCUUGUUGAAUAAAGCGCCUUAGAAAUGUGGGGAAGGGGGCAAGUUCAUGGGGUUUGUUCUGAACUGGUGACUACAUCAGCUUCAGAAAAAUAAAAUGUUUCUUGUUUCAUGAAUUGCGCAAUGUUUGUUUUUUUGCAUUUGAUACUAUUAACAUUUGUCAUGCAAAAUUACCUAAAUUUCUGUCUAGGUAUUGAGAGUGCGGAUUUGAAAGAUAAAGAGGUGUUCAAAUAUUUGGAAGGGUUGAUGAAAGUAGCUUGCAUUUGAUAUCAGCCUAACUUGUCCGUGCAAGGUCAGGCAUUCUAUCUUAUUUUAUCCAGAACCAUACAUUGCAGCUAUUCUGCUAUUUUGGGAUUGCUUUAAACCUCCAGGGUAUUUACAAAAACCAAAUUAGGGAGUUGCUACAAUCAUGUUACACUCUUAUCCCAGUAUGAGUGGACAGCAUGGAUAUUGUAGGUUUAUUGCAAUUGUAUAUUUGAAGUCUGCCUGUAAAGGCUGUGAGGGUAUAUAAGAACUUGCCUAGCAGAAUAAUUAAGCUUGCCUACCUUGAAUAUCUGAUUCUAGGGGUUUCUGGAGAGUUUUUUUUUAAUGGAUUAGGACCAAGUAAGAUGGAGUUGGGACCAAAUCAAUUCAACAGAAAUCUAGGUAAAAGUUAUGGAACAGAAGGCUAAGAUAUGUGAAAAUGCAGUUUAACUCUUUAAUCUCUAUAGCCCAUUGAAAGGGAUAUUGUAGCUUAAGUAUGCCCCAUGCCUCACAGACAGAUGAAAGGGUAAAAAUCUGGAUGUAAACCAAUAUAACUAGGAAAAGGUUGCUUGGUUUCUGUAUAAUCUGAUUUCAGUUUAAAACUACCUGAUCAAUCAUUGCUUACAUCCACCCAUGGAAACUGGAGAUGUUACUUGUCCUUUAAGGACGUUAUUGCUAAAUGUAGCAAGAUUUCAUUGGCAUUGACCAUCAUUGUUUCAUUCCUGCAGAUAAACCUUGUUUUAUACUGUAAGCUGGAGGUGAGUGUAACUUAUUUUUGUAAUAAAGAUUUUGAUUUUUAA